AUGUCUACUUCUCCUCAAACCACUUCCACACAUGUGGUUGUCAUAGCACCACCUUCUACGUACCAGCUCAGUUCUUCUGACAAUCCAGGAGCUUUGAUAUCCUCUGUUAUUUUGCAAGAGGAUAAUUAUGCUGAGUGGGCUACGGAAUUGCAGAACUCUCUUCAAGCAAAGCAUAAGCUUGGUUUUAUUGAUGGAUCUACUCCAAAACCGACUUCUGACCCUGAUCUCAGCAUGUGGCGUGCUUCUAAUUCCAUGAUAGUGGGUUGGAUCAGGACCUCUAUUAAUCCUAAACUUUGUUCCACCGUUUCUUUCAUUGCCGAGGCUUCCACUUUGUGGGAGAGUCUUCGGUCUCGUUUCUCGGUUGGUAAUGGAGUUUGCAAGCAAGUUCUCAAAGAUGAGAUUGCAGAGUGCAAACAAAACAGACAAACAGUCUUGGAAUAUUAUGGCUGCUUGUCCAAACUAUGGGAGGAGCUGCAGCAUUAUAAGAUGGGUCGUGAGUGUACCUGUGCCGCUGCUCCUGAUAUUGCCAAAGAACUUGAGGAUGACCGUGUUCACCAAUUUCUCUUCGGACUUGAUCUUUCCCAGUUCAGCAACAACCGUUCGACAAUCACCGGUGAAGAUCCUAAGCCUCCACUCACUCAAGUUUAUUCUCAUGUCAUCCGUGAGGAACAUAAUCUCAACGUGGCACGGUCGAAAGAAACAACUAAAACAGAGGCGAUUGGUUUCACGGUGAAAACAGAGGUUCCACCACAAGCUGCUGCCGUGUCUACUCCUCGUUUCCGUGACCGUUCUACUCUCUCAUGCACUCAUUGUCGUCGUCAAGGACACGACGUGUCCGAAUGCUUUCAACUCCACGGGUAUCUAGAGUGGUUCUUUGAACAAAAAGGUGGCCCUCGCUCCGACAACAGCCAACCUAAUCGGUCUGUUCAACGUGGUGGUCGCCCGACCAGGGGUUCUAGUCGCGGCCGAGGACAUGUCAACACAGCUCGUGUGGUGCCUUCUUCCGACUCUGGCAACAACCAAAUUACGCAACUAAUCAACCUGCUCGAAGCUCAACGCUCCAAUACCUCUUCUGAAAAACUGUCUGGUAAAACUCACUUAACCGAUGUUGUUUUAGAUACUGGCGCCUCUCAUCACAUGACUGGUGAUCUUUCUAUUUUGGUGGAUGUGGUUGACAUUAUCCCUUCACCGGUUACUAAACCUGAUGGGCAACCAUCUCGUGCUACUAAGUGUGGUUCUCUUCCAUUGAGCUCAGCCUACCUGCUGACUGAUGUGUUGUUUGUUCCAGAUUUUAAUUGCAGUUUAAUCUCAGUCUCUAAACUCCUCAAACAAACUGGCUCCAUUGGUAUAUUUACUGACACAUUGUGCUUCUUGCAGGACCAUUUUUCGAGGACUUUGACUGGAGCAGGUGAAGAGCGUGAGGGAGUGUACUAUUUUACGGGAGUAUUGGCAUCAAGGUCUCCCAAAAUUGUCGGCGCAUCAUCUUUCAUCGAGUGCUUUGUGGCAUCAAAGGCUUGGUCAUCCUUCUCCUGGUGUUUUAGUUUCUUUAUCUGA